AUGGUAUGCCUGCCGUGUUCGACCACCACAACGCUUGCUGACCAUUCUCAGUCACAAUCUCUGCGUCCUUACCUACAAUGUGUUCGCUCUUCCCUGACAGCCGCUCUCGCUCUGUCCAACUUCGCAUCUCAAGCCUCCGAGAGGCACAACGUACCAGAAAUUGAAGCUGCCAGCUCACCAGAAGUCCUGCUCAACCCGCUGACGGUGGCGCGCAAUGAGAAUGAGAAGGUCCUCAUAGAGCCAAGCGUCAACAGUGUGCGAGUCAGUAUACGAAUCAAGCAAGCAGAUGAGAUUGAGAACAUUCUGGUCCACAAAUUCACCCGGUUCCUGACUCAAAGGGCGGAGUCCUUUUUUAUCUUGAGGAGAAAACCAGUCAAGGGAUAUGAUAUCUCUUUCUUAAUCACCAACACACACACUGAGGAGAUGCUCAAGCACAAGCUGGUGGAUUUCAUCAUUCAGUUCAUGGAGGAAGUCGAUAAAGAGAUCUCCGAGAUGAAACUCUUUUUGAAUGCCAGGGCCCGGUUCGUUGCCGAAUCCUUCUUGACUCCGGUAGGUAUAUUCGAGCCUGGACUGCUCCUUGCUAACAGUCGUCAGUUUGAUUAG